AUGGAUCCCUACAACUCCUCCAUCAACUCCACAACCACAACUACCACACCCACACCCACCACAACCAACAUUAUUCCCCACUCAACCCAACACCCAACCUCCACAAUCAAAUCUCCCUCAACUCAACAACUCAACAUGCCUGCCUACCACGCCGCCAAGGUGACCAAGUACUCGUACAACGGCACCUGGAACAACAAAUGGACGAAGGCCAUGGACGACGAGCUGGUGAAGAAGUACAACGCAGGCGACUCUUGCCACAAGAUUGCCGGUACGCUCAACAGCUCUCCGAACGGCGGACCGGCUCGUUGGGAGUCGAUCCGCGAUCGCCUGAAGGAGAUCUUCCCUGGCAAGCACAUCAAGGGAGAUGACGACGACGCUCAGGCGGAUCAUACGGAUGACACGUGCUAG